AUGCUGAAAAAUUAUCUCCUUGUGCAAAAUCCCAUGACAGAUCAAAAUGCUACAUGGAUGCAGAUGAUGGAGGCACUGAAGGAAAAUCUAUAUUCAGAAGUAUCAGAUAAAAGUCCAAAUCUCAAAGCUGAGAGCCCAAUAGUACCCGUAAAUCCAUCAUCUAAAUCAAGUAUGGUCAGGUACAUUAAAGAUGUUCUGGAUCCGCCACGCAGGACGGAUGCUGGAAGCCCUUGGGCGGCGGGGCGGGGAGAGCGUGUCACGUACUUAGCCGGGGUCUCAGGCGGUGGCUGGCCGACAGCGGCGGCAGGAAUAAGUGAGGGCCCCCGGCGGCCGAGGAGCUCCGGGGGAGCCGCGGAGGCCUCGGCGGGGCAGGCUGGAGGCCGGGAGCCGCUCGGCGACACAGGAAGGCAGGGCGAAGGAGGAGCAGCGCAGCCCGGCAGCCCCGCAGCCCGUCCGCCGGCGCCCCGCGCCCGCCUUCGCCUCCUCUUCCUCCUGCUCCGGCGUCCGCCUCCGCGGCGCGCACCCCUUGGCCAACCCAGGGAUUCCGGCCGGCGUCGAACCCCGGGCGCUCCGCCGCCCAGCCCGGGCGCCUGUGCCGCAGCGGCGGCGGCCACGCAGCCCGGUGCCCUCCGCAGGCGGCCGCUCCCGCCUUCGCCUCUGGAUGCCAGCGCUCCGGUAGCUCCGGCGGGGAAGCCCUUGCGCGGCUCCGCUCGCGCCGGUCCCGACCGCCCCCACCCCCUGCACCUGGCGGGGGUGGCGCGGAAGCGAAGAGGACGCGCGCAGUGCCGGUGGGCACGCGUCGACGUGUGUGCCGCUCGCCUCCCAGCUCGCCGUUCUGCCUCUCUCGCAAGUGGCGGCGCCUGGACUCUGCGCUCGGCUCCCCGGGAUCGGCGCGGCCCGCCAGAACCCGCCGCUCUGCUGGCUGAGCGCAGAAGGCUGUUCGGAGAGCAGGAGCGGCCGCGGCGGCGGCUGGUGCCCCGGCGAGCUCCAGACGCGCACUCCGCUCCUGGCGGGCCGCUGCCGCCGCUUGACGCUCCUCCGGGGACCUUCGCGAGUUACUUUGUAAAGGCGAACCCAGGCGACAGAGCCCUGCUCGGGGGCCCCCCGGGUCAGAGGCCACUUCCUGCAGCUCCGCCGUCCAAGCCGGCUCAGCCCCGCGCGGCCCCCGGCCCCCUGCCCGCGCAGCCGCCAGCCCGGCGCGCCGCCGCCGGCGCCGCUGAGGAGACUCGAGCCCGCGGCUCGCUGAGGAGCGCUUCGCCUCGCGGCUCCGCUUCGCCGGUAUUCUGUGUGUGUGUGCGUGUGUGUGUGUGUGCACGCGUGUGCGGGCUCCUGGGCUCCGCUCGCGGCCGCCGCCGGGAAAGGACGGACGGACGGACGGAGCUGCCGCUUGGGUCAGCGGUGCCCGGGCGCCUCGGCUCGGGCCGGCCGCCGGCCUCGGAAGGUCCCGCCGCGUCCCCCACCCGGACCUGGGCUGGAUAUGUUCAUGUUCACGUGAAGAUGGAUUUGGUGUACGGUCUCGUGUGGCUGCUGACAGUCCUCCUGGAGGGGAUCUCCGGCCAGGGAGUGUACGCUCCCCCCACGGUUCGCAUUGUGCACUCAGGCUUGGCCUGUAACAUAGAGGAGGAACGCUACUCUGAAAGAGUCUACACAAUCCGGGAAGGAGAAACGCUCGAAUUGACCUGUCUUGUCACAGGACAUCCCCGUCCACAGAUCAGGUGGACCAAAACAGCAGGAAGUGCCUCUGACAGAUUCCAGGACUCAAGUGUCUUCAAUGAGACUUUGCGGAUUACAAAUAUUCAGCGACACCAAGGAGGCCGGUAUUACUGUAAAGCAGAGAAUGGCUUGGGGUCCCCAGCGAUAAAGUCAAUCCGAGUGGAUGUGUACUAUUUGGAUGACCCAGUAGUAACUGUUCAUCAAAGUAUAGGUGAAGCUAAAGAACAAUUUUACUAUGAGAGAACAGUGUUCCUCCGGUGUGUUGCCAAUUCCAAUCCACCUGUUCGGUACAGCUGGAGACGUGGCCAGGAGGUGUUACUGCAAGGGUCUGAUAAAGGAGUUGAGAUUUAUGAACCCUUCUUUACCCAGGGUGAAACAAAGAUCUUAAAGCUAAAGAAUCUUCGACCUCAGGACUAUGCCAAUUAUAGCUGCAUUGCUUCAGUGAGGAAUGUGUGUAAUAUUCCUGAUAAGAUGGUAUCAUUUAGACUUUCCAAUAAAACAGCAUCUCCGUCAAUUAAACUCUUGGUGGAUGAUCCUAUAGUUGUAAAUCCUGGAGAGGCCAUAACAUUAGUGUGUGUUACAACAGGAGGAGAGCCUGCACCUUCUCUCACCUGGGUUAGGUCCUUUGGGACCCUGCCUGAAAAGAUUGUUUUGAAUGGAGGGACUUUGACCAUACCUGCCAUCACCUCAGAUGAUGCUGGCACUUACAGCUGCAUUGCCAAUAACAACGUGGGAAACCCUGCAAAAAAGUCCACCAACAUCAUUGUGAGAGCAUUAAAAAAAGGACGAUUCUGGAUAACACCAGAUCCUUAUCACAAAGAUGACAACAUCCAGAUUGGGCGUGAGGUGAAAAUAUCUUGCCAAGUAGAAGCUGUUCCUUCUGAGGAGUUGACAUUUAGUUGGUUUAAGAAUGGCCGUCCAUUAAGAAGUUCUGAGCGGAUGGUUAUCACCCAGACUGAUCCUGAUGUUUACCCCGGAACAACCAACUUGGACAUCAUUGAUUUAAAAUUCACAGAUUUUGGAACAUACACAUGUGUGGCAUCUCUGAAGGGAGGAGGGAUCUCUGAUAUCAGUAUUGAUGUUAAUAUAUCCAGCAGCACAGUUCCACCCAAUCUGACUGUUCCACAGGAAAAAUCACCUUUGGUCACCAGAGAAGGAGAUACAAUAGAACUGCAGUGUCAAGUAACUGGGAAACCUAAACCGAUCAUCCUUUGGUCUAGAGCAGACAAAGAAGUGGCAAUGCCUGAUGGGUCAAUGCAGAUGGAGAGUUAUGAUGGAACGCUGAGGAUUGUGAAUGUGACUAGGGAAAUGUCAGGAAUGUACAGAUGCCAGACCAGCCAGUACAAUGGAUUUAAUGUGAAACCCCGGGAAGCCCUGGUGCAGCUCAUCGUGCAGUAUCCCCCUGCCGUGGAACCGGCAUUCCUGGAGAUUCGGCAAGGACAGGACCGAAGUGUCACGAUGAGCUGCAGGGUGCUGAGAGCCUAUCCAAUACGGGUACUGACCUAUGAGUGGCGCCUGGGCAAUAAGUUAUUACGGACGGGUCAGUUUGACUCUCAGGAGUACACGGAGUACCCGGUGAAGAGUCUUUCCAAUGAAAACUAUGGGGUUUACAACUGUAGCAUCAUGAAUGAAGCUGGAGCUGGGAGAUGCAGCUUUCUUGUUACAGGAAAGGCAUAUGCUCCAGAAUUCUACUAUGAUACCUACAAUCCCGUGUGGCAGAACAGACACCGUGUUUAUUCCUACAGCCUUCAGUGGACACAAAUGAAUCCCGAUGCCGUGGAUCGGAUUGUUGCAUACCGAUUGGGUAUUAGGCAGGCUGGACAGCAGCGAUGGUGGGAACAGGAGAUUAAAAUAAAUGGGAAUAUUCAGAAGGGAGAAUUGAUUACAUAUAACUUGACAGAGCUAAUUAAACCAGAGGCUUAUGAAGUCCGACUGACUCCUCUUACCAAAUUUGGUGAAGGAGAUUCAACAAUUCGUGUGAUCAAAUAUAGUGCUCCUGUAAAUCCUCAUUUGAGGGAAUUUCACUGUGGGUUUGAAGAUGGGAACAUUUGUUUGUUCACUCAAGAUGAUACAGAUAAUUUUGACUGGACAAAACAAAGUACAGCGACAAGAAAUACGAAAUAUACCCCUAACACGGGACCUAAUGCUGACCGUAGUGGCUCCAAAGAAGGUUUUUAUAUGUACAUUGAGACCUCUCGACCCAGAUUGGAAGGCGAAAAGGCUCGACUUCUCAGCCCUGUUUUCAGCAUAGCUCCUAAAAACCCGUAUGGACCUACCAACACUGCAUACUGUUUUAGCUUCUUUUACCACAUGUAUGGACAACACAUAGGUGUUUUAAAUGUUUAUCUACGAUUGAAAGGGCAGACGACAAUAGAGAAUCCACUGUGGUCUUCCAGUGGGAAUAAAGGACAACGAUGGAAUGAGGCUCAUGUUAAUAUUUAUCCUAUUACUUCAUUUCAGCUCAUUUUCGAAGGUAUUCGAGGUCCUGGAAUAGAAGGCGACAUUGCCAUCGAUGAUGUAUCAAUUGCAGAAGGAGAGUGUGCAAAACAAGACCCAACGACUAAGAAUUCCGUGGAUGGUGCUGUUGGGAUUUUAGUUCAUAUAUGGCUUUUUCCAGUUAUCGUCCUCAUCUCUAUCUUAAGUCCUCGAAGGUGACCUUAUCCUGGCAGAGGCUAUACAAGAUUCACCAGGCACUGGCAUGAAGAAAGAGUCUUUGUAAAUGGACACUGAAAAAACAAACUACCAAAGAUUCCUCCACUGACUACUGACUCAAAAAUAAAAUAAUAAAAACAAAUUUUUUAAGCACUGGGGAUAAAAAGAUGUUAUGGAAGUAUAACUUAUUCCAAACUACAUAUAAAAGAUAAUAUUGACCUGAGUUGAGAAGAGACCUUCAGGUGCUUUUGUGGCUAAAAAGAUUACGGCGUCAUCUGGUUGAACUCUUGGGAAAAAAAAGGAGAAGAAGAAAAAGAAGAAGAAGAAGAAAGAAAAGAGCUAUAGAAAUCCUUGUCAAAGCACAAAGUCAUGGCUGGUUUUGUUUCAAAUGAAUACUUUGCUUGUUACCAUGGAAACCUAAUGGCCUGCCAACAAAAACCUCACUGUAAACAGGGUACGUGAAGAGCUGGCAUUUAUUUUCCUUUUAAGAAGGUUUUACAUGGAGAAGUAAAUAAAUGUAGGCCCUUUUACCUUUGGCUGUUACCCUUCCUUGCAAAGAACCCGAACUGAGAAUUAUUUAAGGCGUUCAUGUUCCUCCCCACCUUAUUCCCGUCCUACCUUGAUUAUCAUUAUUAUUAUUAAUUAUUCUUUUCCUCCCAUGGCUAAGCUAGAUAACUGUAAGCUGUCUCUUCUUGCAUGCACUGCUCUCCAGGACGGUAAACCUGGGCUUACAUAUUACACAGGCUUAGCGGAGUUUGCUUGCGGCCACUUGAACACCCAAACUACGUCAUCUGUUCAAUGAAGAAACCAAACCACCAUCUUUUAUAAAUUGCCAUGGAAACCAAGUGCCUUCAAUGAAACAAGCCUGAAUAAUUUUCAACUCAGAAGCUUGCACUGCUACGAGUGGUUUGUGUAAAACUAUUUUAUAAACAAACUGCAGAGCCUAAAUGUGCAAACGACAGGCAAGACAACAAAGCCGCUUCUGAAGAAGAGAGGACCGGAGCUGCUGCGUAAGCCCAAGCAGACAAGAUAUUUGUUGUUUAACCUCCUAGACAGCCAUGGCCUUUCGGCAUAUUGUCCAUUAGAGAAUAACUUCCAUUCAGACCAGACACGGGAGCAACACUUUUUCUUCCAGGUUAUUAAAUGGGUCAACCAGAGCAAAAGGUGAUUAAGAUGAGACUUAGCGCAGAAGGUGGUAAAAAACAAAAGUGAUUUUUUUUUUUUUUUUUACUCUAACCUCCAUUUGAAAUGAAAUUGGCCCUAGCUUUAGAGGGAACAAGAAAAUGUUUGUGAUUUCAGUGCAUACCAACUACAGCGGAACUGGGCCUGAGAAAUCUGGCUUUAUUCCAAACACUGAGGGUCAUAUGCCUCUGCC